ACAGCAUCGACAACGUCAACAGCAUUCUUAUGACGAUGGCUCUGGACUCGAGAUUGAUGCCUUCUCCUUCAUCGCCCUCGGCAUCUUUUUAUGAGGGCAGGGUUCACUCUUCAGCUUCAACGCCAUCGCUCAGAUCUCGAGAUGCGGCUUUAUCCAUGCCCGCCAGAAUGGAGGGGGGAGGAAAUGUCAAGGUCGUAGUCCGAGUGAGAGCAUUUCUCAAGAGAGAACUUGAACGCCAGGCAAAAUGUCUGAUCCAAAUGGACCCCAUCACUCAACUCACAACACUCUCCGCACCCGAUGAUCCCGACCCAGAGGCUGCAAAGCUAAAGGCCAAGAAGGUCAUCGAGGAGAAGAAAUUUACUUUCGAUAACUCCUUCUGGAGUCAUGACACUAACGACAAGCACUACGCCACUCAGGAAGACGUUUACAACAGCCUUGGCGAGGACUUUCUCGAUCACAACUUCGAAGGCUACCACACGUGUAUCUUUGCCUACGGACAGACUGGAUCUGGAAAGAGUUACACCAUGAUGGGCACUCCAGACCAGCCUGGCCUGAUUCCUCGGACUUGCGAGGAUCUCUUUGAGCGUAUCGACGCCGCUCACUGCGAGAACUCAAACGUCGCCUAUAAUGUUCGCGUCUCAUACUUUGAAGUCUACAAUGAGCACGUCCGUGACCUCCUCGUUCCUCCUCAAACGCACAAGGCGCCCAAUUAUCUCAAGAUUCGCGAAUCUCCCACUGAAGGUCCAUACGUCAAGGAUCUUACCGAGGUGCCCGUGCGAAACAUCAAUGAGAUUCUGCGCUACAUGAAAUUGGGCGAUACAUCUCGUACGGUAGCGAGCACAAAGAUGAACGAUACAAGUAGUCGAAGUCACGCCGUUUUCACAAUCAUGCUGAAACAAAUUCACCACGAUAUGGAAACCGACGAGACGACAGAGCGAAGCUCUCGCAUUCGACUGGUGGAUCUGGCUGGUAGCGAGAGAGCGAAGGCCACCGAGGCUACUGGUGCGCGAUUACGUGAAGGUAGCAACAUCAACAAAUCACUGACCACGCUGGGACGUGUAAUUGCUGCUCUAGCGGACCCCAAGGCCGGAAGAGGUGGAAAGCGAAAAGAGGUUGUCCCAUACCGAGACUCAAUCCUCACCUGGCUUCUCAAAGACUCACUGGGAGGAAACAGCAAGACGGCCAUGAUUGCUUGCAUCGCACCCUCAGAUUACGAUGAAACCCUUUCCACACUGCGAUAUGCCGACCAAGCCAAACGAAUCCGAACUAGAGCUGUUGUCAACCAGGACCACAUAUCAACAGCCGAGCGAGACGCACAGAUUGCUGCCAUGGCGGAGGAAAUUCGUAUUCUGCAGCUUUCCGUAUCAGACUCGAGACAGCGUGAGAAGAACGCCAAGGAAGCUGAGGACAAACUGGAGGAGUACCAGACUCAUGUCAACUCUAUGCAGCGCAUGAUGGAGGAGCGCAGCAUGGUAGCUGAGAGCAAGAUCAAGAAGCUUCAGACGGAAAAUGAGGCCUUGAAACUGCACCUGAAGCUCGCUAUCGAAAGCCUCAAGAACCCUAUUCCUCCAGUUGUCGUGAAGCCAGAGCGAGAAGUCGACGAGCAGGACAAGGAGAAUGCCUCCGAAUAUAGUGAGUACGAUGACGAUCAGUACGAUUCGGAGAGCACAGCAUAUGGUGAGGAUGAGCUGCAAGAAGAAAUGCAGCAAUACCUCCAGGAUAUGGGUAACUUGAGGAAGUUGAUGCAAGGGGACUUGACGAGGUUUAAGAAUGAGAACAGCGCGAGAAUGCCACUGGGCGCAAAGGAAACCCUCUGAAAGGAAUGACCAACGAAGCAGAAGUGGUUGAAGGAAGAUUUGCUAGCAUGAAUGGAGCAUGGUGUUUUGGAAGCGUUGUUUGAAUGACUGGGUCGGAUUAGAUUCACUGGAUGUCUCUUUGAGUUUGCUGGACAAUAGGCUACGUUACGUUACAUUACAAUGAUUUAAAUAUGAAGAAUUCUAUCA